CUUGAGGUGUAGAAAUAGGAAUGAAAUGAAGCCACAAGUUCAAUAUCCAGCUUCUUGCCUCAAGCUACUGCCAUGAAGAUAAUAGAAUUGAAGGUCUGCAUCGCCUGCGAGAAAUGCAAGACUCAGAUACUGAAAGCAGUCGCAAAACUUGAAGGUAUUGCAGAAUUAUCUGUGGAUGAACAGAAGGGGAUACUGAAGGUGGUUGGGGACGUUGAUCCAAUUCAAGUAGCAAAGCAAGUGAGGAAGACUGGGAAGACCGCAGUUUUCGGCAGUGUUAGCGAACCAAAGCCUGCAAAUCCUCCCAAGCCUGCAAAUCCUCCUACAGAGAAGCCUAAGCCUGCAAAUCCUCCUCCAGCUCCUCUGCCUCCUUGUUGCAGUGCCUGCUGCCGCCUUGUCGAGGUGCGCUAUGAGCCUUAUGGUGGCACCAACUGCUCCAUUAUAUGAGAGAAAAGCCAUGCAACUGCUAGCUGCAGGAUCUGUUGAUUCGGCCAAGAGAUUCCAUGCUAGAUCUUCUGCAAACAGUUUAUCAUCAUUCUGUAGAGCUAAAUAAGAUGGAACCUAGCUGCUUGUGAGUUCAGUUGAGAUGUCUCCAGGCUUCAAAAGUUGACCUGUGAACUGGGGUUUCACUAAAUUACAGCAUAAUAUUCACAUUUUGAAAAUUACACUGACCUGCCAUCCACUAAAUGGGCCGUUAAGAAAUUCAAAUGGGUAUAUAAAAUGUUUAAGAAUACAGCAUAUAUAACAUAAAUCCAACAGCAAGGGUAAUCCAGUACGGCCUUUGAACAGUAAGGGUAGUCGGCGUAAUCUUGAAACGUGAAAUAUGCUGCACAUUUCUAGAAAAAACUAGAAUAGAAUUUCUAGCUGAAAUUAGAAAAACUUGGACAGCAAGAAAGCAAUUGUGGCUAUUAUUUUGUUGUAUAUUUCUAGAAAGUUCCAAUUCUAAAUAAGUGAUAGAAUUAUCUAGAAUUUGUAUUAAAUAAAGGGAAAGGGAAUUAUGUAUGUAUUUUGUAUCAAGCAAUCAAAGAAAAUCAAGUAACUUAUUGAAAAGUCAAACCUGCAUCUUUUUUAAUUUGUUUUUUCCUCCCCCAACUUUCAUAGUCUUUCAAUUUGAGUCCCACUCUUCUACCCCACAAAAUUAGUCUUUCCAAAAUUCACUAACCAUUCCUCACCAACUUCUACAAAAUUAACUCAUUCCAUUCAACCAAAUACUAUCAAUAGUAUCAAAA